UUUCUGAUCAUUGUUACUCUUAUUCUUAUCCAUAUAUCACUCUUAAGACACGAAGACUGGCCUCGGAAUUUGAGACGAUAUCAGAGAUUCAACACCAAUUGAACGAGAAAUAAAGUAGGCUGGCGCGAUGCUCCUCACUGAAUUGAUUCUUUCCAAACGCGGACCGUUGGCAAAAGUAUGGUUGUCAGCGCAUCAUGAACGGAAAUUGAGUAAACAGCAAGCUUUAGGUGUCGAUGUGGAGGAAUCUGUCGAUGCCAUCUUAACUCAAGAUCAAGGCCCGAUCACCCUUCGUAUGUCCGGUCAACUCAUGCUGGGAGUGACAAGGAUAUAUUCUCGUAAAGUUCAAUAUCUCCUCGACGACUGUAAAGAAACACGUGAACGUAUCACUCUAGCUUUCCGACCUGGUGUGGUCGAUUUAGCUCAAGACCAAAUUCGCGCUUCUGCACAAGCUAUCACUUUUUCUUCCGGUACAGAUCAUCUUGAUCUCAUCGAUUGGACAUGGGCCGCUCCGACAGAUUACGCACCUAGGGGAUCACACACCGCCCCACCUGCCAAAACACUCCGACCCGCCGGACGGGAAUUUGGAGCUUACAAUUUCGGUAGACCUCCUGCUGGGUCAAUAUAUGGUGGAUCGACAGCUUCCCGUCAGAGCAGUCAGGAUGAUACAAGUCAUUUGGAUAGUCAGGAUUUCUCAGGGAUCGAUUUGGAUCUACGAUUGGAAGAUUUCGACAGGAGCAGUGUUGAGUUUGCCAGAAGAGCCGCGACACCGCUCAGUUUGACAGGAAGGAGUGCUAGGAGUGGGAGUGCGAGAGAAAAGAGUUUUGGUGGGUUAGGUGCGAUGGAUGGGGAUGUGUCAUUUGAACCUAUGGAUCUUGGAUUGGAUUUUGAUCUUCCCUUGGAUCUACAGCCUCAAAACGUUCAGCUGGCAGAUGGAGAUGACAGGUCUAGAAGACAGUCAAGCGCCCUCUCGACUCCUCCACCAAGCUCACCUCCUCCAACGCUAUUUUUGGCCAAACCUGCCGAAGCAAAAUCCAAACGACCCAGACUCGCUCAAGCCGACGACGAUAUCGAAUUGCCCGACGCCGUCUUCGCUCCUAAUCGCGACAUCUCCGCUCUCCUCAUCCCUGAACGUUACAUCCCCUCAGACCCCCAAAUGAUCUACCUCGAAUCUAUCAUCUCUGACCCUGGAGCCCACUUUUUGCCUUCCGUCCGAGUUGGUGACGAGACGAAGAUCUACGCUGGUCCGUACGGUCUCUCAUCAGAAUUAGCCGAUUUGUUCUCCUUCCCCUCAAAUAUCCUUCGUCGUGACACCUCUGAUCAAGUGGAUGAUGUGAACGAGGAAGACCCCGAACGAACUCCCAAGCGCGCUAGAAUGGGUACAGAAGCAGAAAGUUCCGUCCCGGAUGUCGAAGUAGCUCGUAGAGCCAGUGCGGUCCCCUCAGAAUUCGGUUUCCCCACUCCAGGAGGUGACUUUGACAUGUCCUUUGGACCAAACGAACCGUUCGAGAUGGGGAUGGAUGAGGGACCUCUUUUCGAGACUCCCAAGAAAAUUCCUCAACAAUCAAGAAUACGUUCACCGUCGUUGGCACCUAGCAGGGCGGAGAGCAUUGCCAGACAAAUACAAUUCGCCGAUGAUGGGAGUCAUCCGUUAGCAAUGUUCGAUCCUAGAAUGGGAGAGGUGGAACCGGAGAGUCAGAGUUUGUUAGGUGAGACGCCGAGUAAGAGUAGUGUGGUGGAGAGUAGAGGAGCGUACUCAAAGAAUACAGGUAUGGCUAUGGGUCUCUUGAGAAGAGAAUUGGGGAGUGUCGAGGCGGAUAAGAAGGUGACUUUUGGGACAGUCGCGGACAAGGCUUCUCGUCGAGCGGCAGCAGCUUUCUUCUUCGAACUUCUCGUUCUCGGCACACGCGACUGUGUUUCGUUGGAACAAGACAAAUCGUAUCAAGAUAUCGAAAUCCGGAGCAAAGAAAAGUUAUUCGCCGAAAUGACUGCUUGACGUCUGGUAUCUUCUUCAGCCUCAUCAUUCUAUCAAUCUAUUCGGUUUCAAAACGACGUUUCAUGAUAUCAAAAUGUUUCAACAGUGGUAUAAUCCUAUCUCGAUUAGUAAUGCAUCUUGUUUUCUAUUCCC